AUUACCCCAGUGGGUACUGUUGAAUAUACGGUUUGACAAUUACGUGUCAGUGAAUGUAUGUGAGCGAGUCCCAGCAGCAGCCAAGUGGGUGUGUUUGAGUUUCAGCACACACAGCAGCAGUCUCGCAUCGCGUUCGUCGAUGAGCAAUAUUUUUUUUUUUUGAAUAUUUAUCAGUCCCCGUAGAAGCGAUCUGACAAUUUCGUUGCUAGUUCAGCGGUACUGGUUAGAAGCAAAUUUUUCGACUUGGUGUCACUGCAAGGUUUUUGCGAGAUAAGUUAAAAUAUGGAUGCCUUUGGUGAUAAUUUCGUGAACGAGCCCGAAGUCGAUCCAGCUGCUGAAUUUUUAGCCAGAGAGCAAGACCAAUUGGCUGGCUUGGAAGUUGAAAUUCCUUCGAGCACUUCAGUCUUGCAAAAUGCAGCAGACGAUUUGACUGAAACUGGAAAAGCAAGUAGUGACGAUGGUGGCAGUUUUGAAAUGAUUAACAAUAUUGACAAACCUGAUCCAGUUAUUGAAAAUAAUCAUUUUCAACCGCCACCAGUAAAAGAAGAACCAGAGAAAAUCAAGAAAUGGAGAGAAGAACAAAAAGCUAGACUAGAGCAGAAAGAUGCUGAAGAAGAAAAGAAGAAGGAAGAAUGGAAGAUAGCUGCUAAAAAAGAGCUUGAUGACUGGUAUAAACAUCAUGCAGAGACCAUUAGCAAAACUAAAGCCACAAACAGGGAAUCUGCCAAAAACGCUGAAAAACAAUUUGUCGCCGAAGCGGACGAGAUCGAGCCUGGCACUGAAUGGGAACGCAUCGCCAAGCUUUGCGAUUUCAACCCCAAGUCAUCGCGAACGUCCAAGGAUGUGUCUAGGAUGAGAUCGAUCAUACUCCAACUCAAGCAGAAUCCACCUCCACCAGUCAAAGUUUGAAUGAAUUCUGAAUUUGUCGAUAAACUGAGAUAUAACAGAAAAACCGUAAACUAUCACAUUAAAUUAUAGCUAUCAUUAUUUUACACCUAUACACGAUUAUGUUAUUAUAAAUAUUUAUUAUUGAGAAACAUAUUUGUAAGAUAUAAUAAAUGUAUAACAUUGAUAA